AUGGCCGCCACCAUAACGUUCCCACUCACCUCUCCACCUAGGUGCGAUGGCUGCCUUGAGAAAUCCCGAUCCAUAGCACAACUCGAGCACUGUAUCGCCGACCUUCACUGGAUCCGGAAUGAAGAAAAGCUCUUGGACUCAGUGAUCACAUUGGGCGCUGGUCCGCCUGUUAAUUCCGAGCUAAACUCCACCAUUUAAACGAACUCCCGGGGCUCUUGCUCUCCCUGCCUGGUACAGUCAGCAAAGUUGUUGUCCAUGUGGGAUGCAAUGAAACUGCUCGCAAGCAGUCCGAGCUCUUAAAAAUUGAUUUUAGAGACCUGCUCAGGCUCCUGCGCACCACGGGGAAGGCCGUCUUCAUCUCCGGCUCAAUCCCGACACUGGCCCGGGGAGCAGAGCGGUUCAGCCGUCUGCUCAGCCUCAACACCUGGCUGCUUUCCGCCUGCAGAGACUAUCAGGUUGGUUUUAUCGACAAUUUUAAUCUAUUUUGGAAUCGCUACUCCGCAUAA